AUUGUUCAUGAUGUUUUGCAUAUAUUAUAAAAUAUAACUCAGGGGCGUAUACGCAAAAUACGCAGGUGUGUGCUGUUUGAAAUAAAAAUGGAAUAAAAUGCGGUUUAAUCAGGGAUGUGGGUAGGGCAUAUGUUAGUCUAUAUGUCUUGACACUUACGAUUUCAUGGUGAGGAUGCGUACACAAGAUUUUGCCAUUUAGUGAUGAGGUAUUUUCCGAAAACGUGAUUAAUUUUCGCCAACAAGUGGCGGCCUGGUUGCCUUGGUUGCGGAUGAUGUGAUAAAUACACUUGUGAUAAAAGCUAAAACAGAUCUAUAGCCUUUCCGUGAAACAGUGUUUCGCUCAGGACAAGGUAAUUCCUAAAAGUGACUCACCAGGUUGUAGAAACAUGUGUGAUAUUGAGACCCGAGUUCGAGACUUACGUAAGGAAAUAGUUAGUUGUAUUAAAGAACCUACUAUUGUGUCACAUCUCGAAGCAAGGUCGGUCAUAUCUACAGAGGAAAGUUCCAGAAUAAAGAACCAGUAUUUGAGAGAUGAAACGUAUAAGGCAGGGGAAGAUCUUCUAGAAUGUGUUCUAAAGUCAAAGGAGCCCGGGAAAUGGAAGUCAUUUCUAGAUGCGCUCGAGAGUGCAGAUUAUCAACACUUGAAGGCAUUGCUGUUGUCCGAAAAAGAUUUUGAUGAAUUUUCUGCUCAUGCCAAAACAGUUAUGCGUUUGUUUACACCAUAUCUUGAAAAGAUAGUAAUUGCAAAAGAGUUCGUGUCAGAGCUGAGAGCGAGGGAUGUUAUCAAUGGAACUGACGAAGACGUUAUUCUGGCUAUGUUUGCAAAUAAAGGCGAUAUAUAUUCAACUAUGGUUCUGCUUGAAAGAAUGCAAUGUAGAGUUGCACCUCAGAAAUGGUAUUACGAGUUUCUUGAUGUUCUUAUGAAGAAAGAUCAUCAGCAAAUAGUACAGGAGAUGGAGCCAGACUUUAUAGCAAAUCCCUCGUCGUUCAUGCCAAGGCUAGGACCUAUCAAUGAUGAAGAAUGCGAGCAAUAUAGUAAAACGACGCAAAUUGAUGAGGCCCAAGGUGCAUGCGGAUCCAUACGUGAACACAUUGUUGCAGACUUUGAAGAGGGAGAUAUGGAUACAAAUGACUUAGGAGCACCUCCAACACCACCGGUGAGGCAAGAUUCCUUACAAGAGAGCAUGCUCGAAAGCAAUUUAAAGGAGUUGAACAUAAAACCAGAAAUGAUAAAAAGUUUUCAUGUCAACUCUGCAGACCUGACUGGGAGAGAAGAGGCUAGGAAUGAAGGCAGUAGUGACGAGGAUGAUUCCAGUUCGUUGGACUCAGAUUAUGAAAAUAAAGAAGCUGAGACCGAAGCUAUUUCUGCACACACAGCUGCGCCAUUGAAUCUGAGGAAAUACCAGUUAGAACUAGCAGAAAAUGCCAUUCUUGGAAGAAACACUAUCAUCUGUGCAGAAACUGGAUCGGGAAAAACAUGGGUUGCCUUGCAUAUUAUUCAGAAACAUCUACAACAAACUGGAAAUGGUCCAAGAAAAGUUGUGUUCAUGGCAAGGACAGGCGCUCUCAUUAAACAACAGUCUGACAGAUUUAAAGCUUAUCUACCUGAAUUUCAGACAAAACUCAUCACAGGAGAUGAUGAUGAAUCAAGAAUGCUGAACAUGUUUGUAGAAAAUUACGACAUUCUUUGUUUUACACCACAAAUCCUGGUGAACAACCUAGAAGAUAACGUGAUAAAAAGCUUGUCAGAAUUUUCUCUUCUUAUUUUGGACGAAUGCCACCACACGAGAGGUGACGGGCCUUACAGUACACUGAUGAGAAAGUAUCUGGUUGAAAAAGCCCAAACAAGAAAUGAAAUGCCACAGGUUGUGGGAUUGACAGCGUCAAUUGGUGUAGGAAAAUCUAGAACGGACAUGGAAGCAGUUGAAUAUAUUCUGAGAGUGUGCGCAUGUUUAGAUGUAAGACUUCUAUCAACCGUAGAGAGGAAUUUGCCGGAGCUAAAGAAACAUAUUAACAUGCCUGAUGAAGAAACAAUACAGCUUGUUGAACAGAGAGAUGAUCCCUGCAAACAUGAAAUUAUGACCGCAAUGGAACAAACUGAGGACAUGCUGCAAGAUAAUUCCUUGAUGCAACCAGACAUGAUCGACUUGAUGGACAAACAGCCAAGAAAUCGAGAGUCGCAAGAAUAUAACAAAUGGACGGUCGAUGUUAUGAAAGCUGCACUUUUAAAGGUUGACGAUUACGAUGUAUCAAGAGAUAUCAGCAGUUGUGCAAAGUACUUGAAUACAUACAAUUCUGCACUUGAAGUCAAUAAGUUAUUGCUUGCAAAAGAUGUCAUCAAGUACUUGGCAGAGAAACAUAGACAAGAAGGAGAAAACAAAAGUAAACUAACAGAGAUGGAAAGGAAUUUAUACAGUAACUUGCAAGCUAUACAGAAGACAAUGAAUGUCAAAGGAAAAAACACCGAAAACCCAAAUGUGAGGAUUUUAAGCGACACCCUUCGUAAAAUGCUGGAAGAGAAAGGGGAUGCAUCUAGAGCGAUGGUAUUUGUAAAAGCAAGAGCAACGUGUAGGUCUCUAGCAACAUUUUUGGAUAAGGAUCUUAAAAACAGCGGCAUCAGUGCAAGUCCACUUUACGGAAAAGAAAACCGUGGUGGCGAUGACGGAAUGACGGAAAGUCAGCAGACAGAGAUUCUAGAAAAGUUUCGAGAGGGAUUCUAUAAAGUUCUUGUUUGUACAUCGGUUGGAAAUGAGGGUAUCGAUAUUCCCGACUGUAACAUUGUGCUGAGCUACGAGUAUUCAGGCGACGAAAUCACAAAGAUUCAGAUGAAAGGUCGUGCUCGUAAAAAAGAGGCAACCACAAUUACAAUGGGUAGUGAUAAAGUAGUAGAGCAGGAAAGGAUAAACGCUUAUAAGGCCGCGAUGAUGUAUCGAGCACUAAAAAGAGUUCAAGAGCUGGAUCCCAAAUACUUCAGUAUGAAAGUGACAGCCUUUCAAAAAGAAGAAACUCACAAGUACCGUUUCAAAGCAGAAGUUGAAAAGUUAAAAAAGGGGAGAAAGUCUGACGAAGAUUUUGAGAUCUUGUGCGGGAGAUGCAAUACAUUUGCUUGCUAUGUCUCCGAUGUCAGACAGCUCGGGCACGAUCAUAUUGUCAUUGAUAAAGCCUUCGCAGAUAAAAUCACCAGAAAAGAGCACAAAAAGCCGAAAACUUACGAUGGAUUGCAUAAGAAAUACAAGAUGUUCUGUAAAAAGUGUCCUUUAGACUGGGGAAUAAUUGGAAUCAGAGAUGGAUUAGAUUGUAUGAUCUUAAAAAUCAUGAAUUUUAAAUUCAGAAAUCUCCGAACACGUGGUGUCAGCACCUACAAGAAAUGGAUAGAUAUGCCAUACAAUGUUCCAGAGAUAAGACUGGAAGAUCUGCCUAGAUUGCUAGGCACAGAAGACGAGUAACUAUACAGUAUUACACAGGCUGUCUAUUUCUUUUAUGGAAAGAAGUAGAAGACGAAGUAUAAGCUGCAUAAUGCGAUGAAAUUCUGUUAAUUGUAUGACCGGAAAAAAUGUCUUUUCUACAUAGACAUUAUAGGUCUUCAAUAAAUUGUUAGGCUAGAAGUAUUAUAAUUUUGCUUAGACUGUAUAUAUUUCUGUUUUAAACUGAAGAUGAAGGUUUGUCUUUUACUGUCUUCACAUUUCUUGCAAAGAGGAAAAUAAUUGUUUACAGAAACAUUGUAUACAUAUUAUUUAUAAAUUUUAAUGUGAUAAGUAAGUUCUAAUAAUUUUUAUGUUACCAAGAGAAAUUAUACCUGUUUAUUUGUCUACCUAUUAUCUACAGUUGAUGUCAAACUCGAAAAAAUGUUUUUGACCGUAUGUUUUUGUAUAUUUUUAAUUGAUCAUUAUUAAUAUCAGAUACUGAAAAACACUGCGAAUUCGGGGCGUAGAAAUAAAUGCAGUUAUUAGAAGACUUAGUCAGAUAUGUAAAUGUAUAUGUUAGUACAAACUUUGUUACUGAUACCUGUACAUGUAUGCCUUGUAACAUAAGGGAUUACUACUGUAUCCUCAAAGAUAUAAUUCAUUACAAUUAUUUAAUAUAAUUAAUUGUCAUUUUAUUGAAAUGUAGAUUUUGUCAUUUGAUUACUAGUACAAUAUUUAAUUUCUGUAGGGUAGAAUAUUCUUAGGAAACAACGUCCAAUAUAAUGUCCAUGACGUACUAGAGUUUUAUUUGUUUUAGUUAAUACACAAAAAGCGCCAAGGGCUUUUAAAUUGCAUGAUUUUAUUCUUAUGCCUUAAUCGAAAUUAUGGUACACGGUCACUUCUUUAUAACUAUAUAUUUUUGUAUUUCCAUGAUUAUACACGAUUUGCAUAAAAAAUUGAGAAAUACAAAUAUCUCGCUGCAAACUGACAGUGACAUAUAGUACGCCAAGACAAUGUUUUUAAUGUCUAAACAGUUUUUGAAAGUAUGAAGCAUCAUGUACUGUACUUGAUGUAUUAAGGUUUGUUUAGACCACACUGUUUCUACAAACUGUCAGUGUAAGUAUUUAUCUAUGUUUUUGUGACUGUUUAAGAUUAUGUGUUUUGAUAAUGUCGUUCAGUCGUAACCAUUUGUGUUUUCUGUGAUUUAGAUGUGUAUUUAGAGGCUUCUAAUUAAAGUCGUAAUCAGUACUUUAUUAUGAAUUAAUUUAUUUCUAUAGAAUUCUCAUUCUAUAUAUUUUGAACUUAGCAAAAAUACCUAAACUGUAUAUUUAUGUAUGUCUGCGAUCACAUAUCUUUUCAAAUUUUCCUAUUAACAGGCACUGUAAAAGAAAUCAUGUAGAUUUUAAGUGACAUUGCAUACUCCUACUGUAUUUUACUGAUACAUUAAUUAAUGUGUAGCAAUUCAAUAUGUUUGUACACAUAAACGAGUUUGUUUUAUUUCUUUUUACACAGAUACUGUUUCGUAAGUGUUCUUUCAAAUAUGAAAGGGCAUAAUGAUCUGCGAAAAUUGCAAGAAAAUGUUGUUAUUUUAAAUGAUGUAUGCCUAUGGAAUGAUAUUUAGGUAAAUAUUACACAAUGCCUGCUGACUGUUACACUUUACUCACUGACACUCCCAUUGUGCUUACUGGUAUAGUAAUCAUGCAUGCUGGCACCUUUAACACGCUUGUUGACAAUGAUACCACGCUUGUUGACAAUGAUACCAUGCUUGCUGACAAUGAUACCAUGCGUGCUUGAAGUUACAACUUCUUUGCUGCUUAGACCCUGAUGUCUAUAUCAUAAUUUCAUUUGGCAAAAUGACAGUGCCGUGUAGCGUAUCGGAAUAUUUCAACAUGCCGGGACUGUAUAUAAGCAACAUUGCACAGUUACAAUGCUCACAGAAUAAAACACACGAUGUGACCACACAAUAUGAAAGAUGCAAUCAGCCACUAAGCAAGUUGAAAGUAAGCAUAAUGCAAAGUGCAACAUUGCACGUCACAUUUUGAUACCAUGGGGCGAAUAAUAAUUGAAUAAUUGAAACAAAGGGACAUACCUUUCGUGAAAACUACGAACUUGCGUCCCCUGGUAUCAAAAUGUGACGUGCAAUGUUGCACUUUGCAUUAUGCUUACUUUCAACUUGCUUGGUGACUGAUUGCAUCUUUCAUAUUGUGUGGUCACAUCGCGUAUUUUCUUCUGUGAGCAUUGUAACUGUGCAAUGUUGCUUAUAUACAGUCCCGGCAUGUUGAAAUAUUCCGAUACGCUACACGGCACUGUCAUUUUGCCAAAUGAAAUUAUGAUAUAGACAUCAGGGUCUAAGCAGCAAAGAAGUUGUAACUUUCAGCACGCAUGGUAUCAUUGUCAGCAAGCAUGGUACCAUUGUCAACAAGCGUGGUAUCAUUGUCAACAAGCGUUUUAAAGGUGCCAGCAUGCAUGAUUACUAUACCAGUAAGCACAAUGGGAGUGUCGGUGAGUAAAUUGUAACAGUCAGCAGGCAUUGUGUAAUAUUUACCUAAAUAUCAUUCCAUAGUUUUAUCCGAACAAGGCUAACACAAUAAAAUGCACGAAAACUUCUAUAUAAUACGUAAGGCAAAUAAAUAUUUCUUUUAACAUACUCGUAUCAAUGUUACGACGAUAAUAUUGCAUACCAAAUAACAAAAUACAAAGUACAAAUUUGAAAAGUCUACAAUAGUCCGGAUAGAUAUUUGCGAAAUCUAUAAUAUUUUAUGUAAAGUAUUUGCAAAAUCUACUAUAUUCGUACUAAAGUUUGCACAUUUUUACGAUAUUCGAAGUAAAAAUUGAGAAUAGGUUCAAUAGUCCUUGUAAAAGUUCUAUGCUAUGGAAUCUCAGUCUAAAAUUCUCUGUGCCACUUUCAUAAAGUUGUUGUAAAAUCUGCGGAUAUGGGAAAAUCACAUGUCGCAUGUUUUAUUCCUGAUUCAUGAACAUUUUGUUUUCAUUACAUUUUUAAAAUACUUUAUGAAAAAAUGUCUGCAUAUCAUUCUAAGAAACUCAAAAGAAGUUUAUACCAAUCAUUUGUUUUGAUUAGUUUUGAAUUUAUCUAUAUUGAUUGAUAUAUUUUAUGAAACAUUUCAGCCAUUUCAGAAUACAUGUGUUUUAAAGGCGCGCCACAAAAUAACUAAUUUUGUAUUUCCAUGAUGGUAAUUAUACAUGAUUUGCAUGAAAAAAUCUGUGAUAUACAAGUAGCCAGUUACAAAUUGACGGUGACAUAUGUUAGGCUAAAGCAAUGUGUUUUAUGUGUAAAUAUUUUAUAGAUUGAAUGAAUCAGUAUGCACAGUAUUUGAUCUAUUAAGUCAAGACCAUACUUGGUUUCUACAGGGUAAGAUAGUUAUUCUUCAAUGUUUUUAAAACUGUACUGAAGGGAGAUUGACAGAACAAGUUUGCAGAUGAAGUUAUAUAAACGCAUUACUUCAGGGAGGGCCUAAAUUAUCUAAUUGUAGUCUUGUAAUAUAGUUGAAAGGCUUUCAUGAGAUUCAUGUGGGGAAAAAUGUAGGUCACUAGGUUGUGGUGGGUCUUUAAAUACCAUACUAAAUAACGAUUCUAUGUUGUUUUGAAAUAAUGCUAAAAUAAUACAUAACAUUUUUACCAUCGAGUUAAAUACAUGAGUAAGAUUUCUUCAAAGUUCAAACGUUUCUACAAAUUUAAAAUCCUUUAUAAAUAUAUAUUACUUAAACAGCUUUCCUUACUAAUUAAAAUGUAAUUGCUGUUGGAUUUUUGAAGCAACCUCCUAUAUUUACUAUAUCUACCAUAUUUUUCCGUUACAGCUUCUUUUUGUUGCGGUCCUACUUUGCGAUGCCUGGCUCAAUGGCUUUGUUUAGGAUGCUCUUUGUUUCCGGGAAAUCUGCCGUUACCUUUUAUAUUCAAAUAAUACUAAUGUUUAUAACUAAAGUGAUUUUCCGGAAAAUUUAAUUUAAAAGAUGAUGAUAAUAAUUUAUUGACCAUCUUAUCUACUAGUAAAACAACAUUUUCAUCUAAUUAAAUGCUUUUGUGUAGCUUUCUUCAAUAUCAUUUUUGACAUAGAUGCUAUGUAACUGCUUACAUCGACCUCUUAUUUUGUGUACCAUACGAUGAUCACGAUAUUUGUCUAUAAAACAUAUGAGCAGUAUUAUUAAAUUUUACUGAAGAUUUAAUAAACAAACAUUACACUG